AGCGGCGUGACGUCCUCGCAAAUCAGUAGAAGGCGUGUGAUUGUGGCAAUAAACAGCAGAGAUGUUCCGACCAAAGCCCACGUUGAAGGACAGACAGCACCUGUACAGGUUGAUCAUCAGCCAGCUACUGUAUGACGGCUACAACACCAUCGCCAACAGUCUGAUCAAUGAGGUCAAGCCCCAGAGUGUGGUAUCUCCAUCCGAGCAGCUCAUGCAGUUGGCUAAGAUAGGAAUGGAGAAUGAUGACAGCGCUGUCCAAUAUGCAAUUGGUCGCUCAGACACUGUGGCACCUGGUGUGGGCAUCGACCUAGAGUAUGAUGCAGACGUGCAGACCAUGUCCCCAGAAACAUCAGAGUACGAGACCUGCUAUGUGACGUCCCAUAAGGGACCGUGUCGUGUCGCAACCUACAGCCGUGAUGGGCAGCUCAUUGCAACGGGCUCUGCCGAUGCCUCGAUUAAGAUCCUUGACACUGAACGCAUGUUGGCCAAAAGUGCCAUGCCGCUAGAGGUGAUGAUGAAUGAAACGGCCCAGCAGAACAUGGAGAACCACCCUGUGAUUAGAACAUUGUAUGAUCACGUGGAUGAAGUCACCUGUCUGUCUUUUCACCCAACCGAGCAGAUCUUGGCCUCCGGCUCCCGCGAUUACACCCUCAAACUCUUUGAUUAUUCAAAGCCUUCAGCCAAAAGAGCCUUCAAACACAUACAGGAAGCUGAAAUGUUGCGCUCUAUCUCCUUCCACCCCUCUGGGGAUUUCUUACUGGUGGGCACGCAGCACCCCACUCUGCGCCUAUACGACGUUAACACUUUCCAGUGUUUCGUGUCCUGCAACCCUCUGGAUCAACACACAGAUACCAUCUGCGGAGUCUGUUACAAUCCCAGUGCCAACACCUACGCCACCUGCAGCAAAGACGGCAGCAUCAAACUGUGGGAUGGAGUGUCUAACCGGUGUGUGACUACUUUUGAGAAAGCUCAUGACGGCGCUGAGGUCUGUUCGGUCGUCUUCUCCAAGAACUCGAAGUAUAUUCUGUCAAGCGGAAAGGAUUCUGUCGCCAAGCUGUGGGAAAUUUCCACAGGAAGGAAUUUGGUUAAGUACACAGGUGCAGGGCUCAGUGGGCGACAAACGCACCGCACACGAGGUGUCUUUAACCACACAGAGGACUACGUGCUUUUGCCAGAUGAGCGAACCAUCAGCCUGUGCUGCUGGGAUUCAAGAACUGCAGAGAGGAAGAACUUGCUCUCUUUGGGUCACAAUAACAUAGUGCGCUGUAUCGUUCACUCGCCCACCAACCCAGGCUUCAUGACCUGCAGCGAUGACUUCAGAGCACGCUUCUGGUAUCGUCGCACCACCACCGACUGAGGGACGCUUGUUUGCCUUGAAACCAAACGAGAGUCAGUUCAACAGCUGGUGUCGACCCAAACCCAGAAAUGUCCAAACCCCAAAAUGCCUUUUUAUUUUUUUUUAUCAUUUACUGACCCUCAUGUUGUUUCAAACCCAUAUAACUCAUGCUCGGUCUCAGUCACCAUUCACUGUCAUAGCAUGGAAAACAAACGAUACAAAGAAAGGUAAAGCUGACAGUCCUACAGGUUUGGAACAACAUGAGAGUGAGUAAAUGAAGACAGAAUAUUCCUUUUCCAGUGAACUGUCUCUAUAAUUGUUAUUUUUGUCAGUGGACUUUGCCGGUUUUGUCACCAGAGCUGUGCAUCAUGUAACACACAACAUUUUUUUUUAAAGCGUCCGAGAGAUGGUCAUCUCUGUUCUGAUGACUGCAGUACCUUGGUGUUUCUGUUAGGCGGUGCUGUUUUACAAAUGAAAAUUAGAUACACUUUUUAGGAUUUUACUUACUGAAUUUGCAAUGAUAUUGCAUUUACAGUUGUGUUAUUUGUAUGUUUGAAAGCAGCGUAGAUGGAGUGUAACUCCAAAUGGCAAGUGCCUAAAUGUUGCAUCUUUUCACUUUUAAUUUGUGUACUGUUGCUUGUUGUUUUAUAAUAAAAGGGUCUGGGAGAAAAGACUGUUGUUAUAUUU